AAUGUACCACAGACGGACCGACUGAAGAAACAAGUCCGACUGCCUCGAUUGUCAACGAUUAGGGAUUAAAACAAGAUAGCCACUGAAACGCUUCUCACAUCUCGUUUCAUAGCCUCUCUGUAUUGGUAUUCAGCGGUUUUCUCUCAAAUCCGCAGGACCCGUCAUCUCUGAAGGCUCGUUGUAAACAAUAACAAUGGCUUCUGGGUCGCCGUCGUCCUCUCCGGACACUGCGACGGGCUCAGGUACGGACCCAGCCCGGCCUGACACAGGGGAGCCCCUCGGCGGAGCAGGAUCAGACUCUGAUUCGGACCUGGGUUUAGAUAAAUUUGACUGCAGCUCCAUGGAAAUGGCAGAUCGGCUGGAGGGUGAAGAGCUGGAGCGGGAGUUUGAGUCUGCAGCCGAUCGUGUCAGAGACCUUAUUCAGACGGCCAGCAGGGACCAGCUGCUGUACCUGUACGCUCGGUACAAGCAGGUCCAAAGUGGGGAAAUGCAAUACACCAAGCCAGGCUUCUUCGACUUUGAAGGACAGAGAAAAUGGCAAGCUUGGAAGCAGCUUGGAGACAUGGAGGCUGAGCAGGCCAUGCGGGAGUACAUUUCCCUUGUCAAUGUGUUGGACCCAGAAGGCAGCUCAAAGAGUACAGGAAGACGAGGAGCUGAAAAGAGAACAAGCUUUGGAGGAGCAGCUGUCAGCUCUUUAUAUCAGGAGGAGAUGAUCAGGUAUUUGCAUUACACACAGGUAACACACACAAAAAACAUCUUUGAUUACUGCAGAGAAAAUAACAUCGAACAUAUCAAGGCUAUCACCUCCCAGAAGGUGGACGUCAAUACUAAAGAUGAAGAGGGUCGGGCUCUUCUGCACUGGGCCUGUGACAGAGGACACAAGGAGCUGGUGUCGGUAUUACUGCAGCACAAAGCGGACAUCAACAGUCAGGAUAAUGAAGGACAGACAGCGCUACAUUAUGCAUCAGCAUGCGAGUUUGCUGACAUUGUGGAGCUCCUGCUGAACGCUGGGGCCGACCCAUCUAUCAAAGACAUGGAGGGCUCUCUUCCGGAAGAAGUCACUGAAUCCAGCGCCAUCUCCUCUCUCCUGCGUCAAUAUACUGCUCCAAAAGGCUAAAUCAUACCCCCAUCUGACCCCACCCCAGUCCAAAACUCAUCCAUGUCCUCUGUCAUUUUAUCACCUUUUCAUCACCCCCCCCCCCCUUCCCUAAAGAGACUCUGUUUGACCAAUCAGUUAAUAGGCAAAGGUGUGGGAAAGUUUUAUUUGAUUUUAUUUCCAAAAUACUUCAUCUGAAUAUAGACUUCAUCUUCUCAGUCUGUUUGGAUUGUUUGAUGAAUACUGUGAGAUGAUGAAGGUAUUUUUCAGCUAGUAGAAAGGUUUUGUUAGGCCUAGCUGUACUCGUGUUAUCUCCUCAGUUCAACCAUUGCAGGCAAUGUUGCGGCUAAACUAGCAGGACUUCUUCAUGGAAAUCUAGGAUCAAAAACCUUAUUUAUCCAGUGUGGAAUUCACUGGUGGAGACAUAAACAUUUCCACCCUCUUGUUUUCUCUUCAAACAGAAUACAUCACCAGGAAAUGUAAGACUAUAUAUUGUGAUGGUGAUAUAAAACUGUAUCUUAAAGGUUGUUUUUUUUUUUUUUUCCUAUCUGACAGCCAGGCCUUUCACUCUGGGUCAGCCUGCUCUGACCACUUCCAUUACAGAGGUUUGUUCAGCAUUCAGUUGUGUUACUUUUGAAGGAAUGCUUUAAACAUUUGUCAUUUAUCACUAUUAAAGACUUCAACAUAAUCCUUU